CCCAUUUGGUCAAGGGAAGGUUUUAGGCUUUUUUGGGUGAACAGUUCGCGAGUGCCGCGUUCUGGAUCCAAUCUUGGGGAAAAUUUUUGAUUUUCGCAGAUCUAAGGAAGAUUUCGCAAGAAAGGGAGAGAAUCUCGGUGGCCUUCACCCUUUCGGAUGCUCUAGGGACCUAAGAUCAAGAUUUGGAUCUCUUUCUCGGCCAUGGGAGCAGUGUCGGAGGCGAUCGCGGCGGACACCGCCGAGAAAUUGCAUGCCGUGGCGGCGGCCGAUAUCGAGGAGGAGAAUCACCAGGCGGUGGAAGACGAAGCACCCUCCUCGGUCGAUGACGCUGCCGAUGGGAUCGAGGAUCACGCGGAGAGUGGGAUUCUCGAGGAGGAAGCUGUGCAGCGCGACAAUGACGAGAAUAUAGCGAAGGCUCCGAUUGUGGGCGGGGCUACUCCCAGCGAGGCGAGCUCGGAAUGGCCGGAGCAAGGAUUUGCUUCCUGUGAUCCGCCCGGGGGAGUGGCCGCGGUAGCUCCGACGACAAAAUCGGUGUUCACGUAUUACCUCGUGAGAAUUCCGAAACGAGGGGACAAUCUAGUGGAUUUUAGGACGACGACGGACGCACAAGUUAAGGAUAAGAUUGAGAAGAAAAAUUCUCUUAUCGCAAAGCUCCAGCAAAAGAGAGCGGAGAAACAGGAACUGCUUGACAAGCUUGUCGAGCCUCGAAAUUAUUUUAGGGAGUGCCGAGGCGAGCUCCAGGAGAAAAUAGAAGAGAGCAAACCUGUGGCCGCGGAGCUUAAGAAAAUCAAUGAGUUGCCUUAUGCGGGUAUGUCUAAUGUUUGUAGAUCGGAGGAAGAUCUCGAUGCAAAGCUUGCGGGCUUAGAGCAUGACUUACAGCAGCUUGAUCGUCCGUUAACUUUACGAGAAGAGAAACAGAUUAUUCGCGAGAUUCAGGCUCUUAAAGCCACUCGCGAGCAGGUAAUUAUCAAUGCAAGCUUUCGUGCUUCCAAACAGGAUGCCAAGCAAGGCUAUCAAACGCGACUCAAGUCACUGAACGAGGAGAUUGAAGAAUUGUCAAAGAAAAAGAACCUGGCGUGGUCCAAAGUAAAACCGUUGGAAGACAGGGUUUCGGCCCUUACGGAGGAGAUUAAGAUUCUUUCGUCUCAGAGGAAGGCGCUUGAUGAAAUUAUUGACGAAGUCUUCAACGAGCGUAGAAGUUUGUCAGCGCAAGAGUAUGCUAAGAACAACGAUUUCCACCAAAACAGGCGGGAUAUCAACACGGCCAAGCAGCUUGCGUACGCCAAAGAUAUAGGGGCCUUGAAAGAAUAUUGCUCCGCCCAGGUGGAGCGCGUGAUGGAACUUUGGAACAACGAUACCUCCUUCCGGUCGGAGUAUAUGAAGAACAAUCUCCGGAGUACAAUCAGGCGCUUGGCAACCCCGGACGGCAGGUCGCUAGGACCUAACGAACAACCGUAUGAGCUCCCGAAAGAUGAACCUCCUGUUGCUGCGCCGGCACCUGUAGUAGAAGAGAAGGAAGCGCCGAAGCCAACACUUGAAGUCAAGGCUGAGCCAUCGAAGACUGCUGCGAAAACGAAGCAGAAGUCCGAUGCCAAGGAAGCCAAGGAAGCUGGAACCAAAGCCAAGCCUGUCUCCGAGGAGAGCGAGAAUGUCGUGGAAGCCGAGGAUGAGGUGGAGGCGGAGCGAGCCGCAAUCUCGGAGCUGGCGAAACAGCUCGAGCGAAGGGAGGUGGAGAUUCAAAAGGCGAAGGAAGCCGAGGCCAGGAAGAAGAGGCAAGCUGAGAAGAAGCAAGCCAAGGCCCAGGCCCGGAUCGAGAAGGAACUCCAACGCAGGGAAAAGGAAAGGGAGAAGAGACUCCGGAAGAAAACUUCCGCCACAGACGAAGCCGGAGAAGGCGCCGAUUCGCCCUCCGAGCAGGAAAAGGAAAACUUAGAACCGGCCGUGGCUGCCGAGAACGGCGAGAAGCCAUCGCCCGAGGAGAAGAAGCCAUCGAGCGUGACACGCCGCGGGAAGAAACCGGCCAAGAACACCCCCGUGAAGCUCCAGCUGAGGAAGAAGCGCUCGCUCCAGCGACAGCUCUUGGAUCACUGGCAGAUCAUAGCGGCCAUUGGAGUGGCGCUCCUUGUUGUUCUAGGCGCUACCAUGGUCUUUGUUCGUGCUGCUUAUUAGCUAGUUUUGCGGGAAGAAAAUUUUUGAAAAUAAAAGAAGUUUGCUUGUCAAUUGAUAAACUAAGCUAGUAGUGAGUGUCGCUGUAAAA